CUCCCAAGUCGCGCGCGUGUUUCUCCGUCAACAUUGUUGGAUCCCGACCGAACAACAUCACCAAUCCGCCCAGGGCAUCAACACUGCCGCCAUGGCCCUCUCCAACUCCACCCAGGGCGCGCCAGCCUACUUCCAGGCGCUGCUCGAUCGCGGGCAAAAACGACCCAACAACAACGACGAACCGCAACUUCAACUCGGCCUGGGAGACAUUGCGCGCAAGGUCAGGAAUUUAGGGAAGGGCUUCACUGAUGCGAAAGCGCAUUACUUGCUCUCCGCUUCAGGCGUCAACACCAGCGAGGCUCUGCGCGACCUCGAGGAGCUCUCUGGCUCAAGAGCAGCGCCGAUCCAACCUUCUGAUCCAGCCGCGAAUGGCGUGAAGGAAGUGCUUGCCCAACGUUACCAGAAUGAUUUCCAAAAGAUGGUGGAUAGUCAUAUUCAGCGCGCGCACGAGGACUUCGACAAGAUGAUCGAGGAGAGGUUACAUGGUGUUGACUGGGAUGCACAUCGCCAGCGCAUCUACGAGCACUUUGGCCUCAAGAAGCCACAGAAUUUGGACAAUAGCAGCGUAAAUCAAGUACAAGAGAAUGGUCAAAGCGGCUUUGGCCGUUCCUCUCGCCGCGGAAGGACAACAACGAGCAAAUAUGGAAUGUCGAGAAUGAACAGAUCAGUCAUUGGCUCAGUAGCGCAGCGGGGACUUCGUGGCAGCACAUUUGGAGAUAUCGCGGAAAGAGGAUCGGACAGCAUUCGGCCCGCGCCUGAAGACAACCUGCUGCGCAAAAAGCAAGAGAAGUACUCCGACAAAGUCAAGGAUCUCAAUGUCGCAAGACUGCAAGAGAAGAAUUAUGCUAUCUUCACCCGAUUCGCUGAGGCUGAGGGCGAGCCUACCAAUGAGGACAACUCCAUGCUGGUCAACGCGUACAAAGCACUGGUGGAGAUCACUGGCGAGGACGAGAAGGCACAAGCAUUAAGCGAUCCUGGAGCUAUAAAGGAGCGCAGCUUUGCCAAAGCGUAUCUGGAUGAGACUGGAAGCUCGGCCGAGAAUAUGGCUAUACGCAGCCGCAUUCUCAAUGGCUCACGGAAGUACUUGGAGAAGCUUUUCCAUGCUCAGCUCGAAGCAGUGGUCGCAAAGAAUCCCCGAGAGGCGAAGAUCGGAGGAACACCAGAUCCUCUGUCCAAAGUCAAGGGCUUCGUACGUGUUCGUGCUGCUCGCAAGGAACUGGGCCCGGAUCCCGAGCUUCUGCAAGAGAUCAACGAGGAACAGUGCUGGGCCAUCAUUUUCUACCUGUUGCGAAGUGGCCUGUAUACUGAUGCGUUGGAAUACGUAAAUGCCAACGGGGCGGCAUUUCGACAGAUUGACCGACAGUUCCCGCGAUAUAUUCGAGCUUUCGUUGAAAGCGAGGAUCACAGACUUCCCCCGGAUCUCCAAACCAGCAUCCACAACGAGUACAGUCAGCGACAACGUCUGGCACCCGAGGAUUCGAUCGAUCCAUACCGAAUGAUGUGUUACAAGGUCAUCGGACGCUGCGAGCUGACCCGCCGAAGCCUGGAUAACAUUACCAAUGACAUGAUGGAUUGGCUGUGGCUACAGUUCGCUCUGGCACGAGAGUACAAUCGCGUUGAGGAGCUUGCACACGAGGCAUUUGGUCUGCUCGAAGUACAGACUUCAAUCAAGGACAUUGGCGAGAGGUACUUUGGCGCUGGUAGUGACAUCGCCAAUGCACCAACAACCUUUUUCUUCAUGCAAAACUUGGCUGGCCUCUUUGAGAAGGCGGUUGCAGAUCUGUAUGCGCACAACUACCUUUCUGCUGUGCACUUUGCCAUCGGCUUGGACUAUUACGGAAUGCUCCGUGUCAGCGACAUCAGCAAUAGCGACGAUCUCCUGAGCUACACCACAAGACAAGAACCACAGAUUGCUUUUGGCAGCAUGAUUGGUCUCUACACACGCGACUUCCGAACUGCGAAUGCGACAGCUGCCGUGGACUACAUCUCGCUCAUCUGCUUGAAUGCCGAUCUCACUGGCGAUCUUGGGAAAGCCCAGAAGGAUCUCUGCUAUCAGGCGCUGACUGAGGUCGUGCUUGAAACUCGAGAGUUUGCGCAAUUGUUGGGUGAUAUCCGCGCCGACGGCCAACGGAUCAAGGGUGCCAUCGAGCAGCGACUACCGCUGAUCAAGCUGAACAACGAUCGCGAGUUCUUAAAGCACAUCACGCUGGUCGCAGCGCGCACAGCCGAGGAACAGGGUCGCACCACGGAUGCAGCACUGCUCUAUCAUCUCUCAGAAGACUACAACAAAGUCAUCUCAGUCGUCAACGAUGCGCUUUCUCUUGCACUGACAACCGAACUCGGCGAUACACCAGCACGUCUCAUGCCGCUCAAGCCGCGCGACGUCAACACUCACAACAACCAGGAUCCAGCUCAGAUGCAAGCCAGUCUCAGCUUGACUUCCAUCGAUAAUCCGAUCCAGCUUGCCGAGGAUAUCAGGACACUCUAUAACAGCGACGCGAUGUACCUCAAUAAGAUCGACAGAAAGUACCGCGAUGCAAUCGACGUUCUCCUUCAGCUUGCCAGAGCGCGCAAAGAGCUCGAAGCAGGGCACUGGGCGCAGGUCAUCGAUGCCGUCUCAGCAGCCGACGUCAUUCCCACCGAUACAAACGGCGACGUGUCGGCCAUCCGAAGCAAAUCACAGUCAUUCGAACUCAUGCCCACGUCUGUCAGUCGCACCAUUGGCCACGUCAUGGUCUGGACGGUCAUCUCUUGCAGUAAUGAAGCCGAGAAAAUACGAAGUCAAGAAUACGAAACGGCAGCACGCAAAGAACUUGUCGCGAAUUGUGUACAAAAAGCCAAGGAUGUUAUGGUCUUUGCUGGUUUGAUCAGAUACAAGCUGCCUGGGAGAGUAUGGGAAACGCUGGCGAGGGCGGGCCAGGACCUGGGUGUGUACUAGAUGGAGGUAGUCAGAGCCUGCUGGGAAAAGAAAUGAUGACAAUGGGGUCUCGGUCAGCUUUGCUAGAAGGAAUUGACAGGAUAUCGCAUGACACAGCCUUGGGCGACCUUCUGAACGCCUUCUUGCUCGGGUUUACCGAUUGUUCAGUAAUGGAUCAACAUGCACGUUUCGCCCGCGAGCUUGCAU